UUCUGGUCUCGAGUCCCCAAAUGCCAACAACCUACCGUGUCCUUUCCUGUAAUACAAUAGUUAGAAAGGAUCUAGGAUUGUCAAGCCAGGACUCAGAACCUUUCCAAUUCUCAAGGAAGGACUCUACUCCACUUAUAAAUACCUUCUUUCCAAUCAUCCCAACCCAUCUCCCUCACUACCCCAUUUUGUGUUGUGCACUUGGGCUUUGUUUUUUUUUUUUUUUUCCUAAUCUUUUCUAGAGAGAAUGACGGUUAUCAUUGAGCAGCCUGAAUUUGGAGCUCAGGCAGAGAAUAAGAAGAUCCCCUCGAGUGAUGCCAAUGAAUUGGUUUUGGAUGGUGGUUUUGUGGCGCCUGAAACCAAUUCAUUUGGUCACACAUUUAGGGAUUAUGAUGCAGAAAGUGAGAGACAGAAGACUGUGGAGGAGUUUUAUCGGAUGAAUCACAUUAACCAAUCUUUUGGCUUUGUAAGGAAAAUGAGGGAAGAAUAUGGCAAAUUAAACAGGGUAGAAAUGAGCAUAUGGGAAUGUUGUGAACUCCUCAACGAGUUUGUUGAUGAGAGUGAUCCAGACCUGGAUGAACCUCAGAUUGAGCACCUGUUGCAGACAGCUGAGGCUAUUAGGAAGGACUAUCCUAAUGAAGAUUGGCUGCACUUGACAGGCCUUAUCCAUGAUUUAGGGAAAGUUCUUCUUCAUCCUAGCUUUGGGGCUCUUCCUCAAUGGGCUGUUGUAGGUGACACAUUCCCUGUUGGGUGUGCUUUCGAUGAGUCAAACGUUCAUUACAAGUAUUUCAAGGACAACCCAGACUACAACAAUCCUGCCUACAACACUAAGUAUGGAGUUUACUCAGAGGGAUGCGGGCUGGACAAUGUAAUGAUGUCCUGGGGACAUGAUGACUAUAUGUACUUGGUGGCCAAAGAGAACAAGACAACUUUACCUUCAGCUGCACUUUUCAUUAUUAGAUACCAUUCAUUUUACCCUUUACAUAGGUGUGAUGCAUAUAAACACCUAAUGAAUGAGGAGGAUGUUGAGAAUCUGAAGUGGCUUAAAAUUUUCAACAAGUAUGACCUUUAUAGUAAGAGCAAAGUCCGAAUUGAUGUUGAGAAGGUCAAGCCAUACUAUCUGUCUCUCAUUGAAAAGUACUUCCCGGCAAAACUGAGAUGGUGAAGGUUCAGCUUUAAAGUAUAAUGGAUACAGAAAGGCAUCACACCAACUUAGCAUCCAGCAGUUAUGUGAUUGAGUGGAUAGCAAAAUUUCAGUUUUCAGAGAGAUUUUCCAUCCUCCUAUAUAUGGUCAAAUAUUGUAUGGAAUAAUAAUGUAUUUGCAGUUCCAGUAAAUGUAUCCUUUACUUCUUAAGAAUCA